UUUAGCUUGGUAGCCACGAAGGAAACAGACAGUGCAAGAUCUCGUAGCAUGCCAAUGUCGCCCUCCGAUUUCCUGGAUAAGCUAAUGGGUAGGAUGUCAGGCUAUGAUGCGAGGAUCAGACCAAAUUUCAAAGGUCCUCCAGUUAAUGUCACAUGCAACAUAUUUAUAAACAGCUUUGGAUCCAUUGCAGAGACAACCAUGGAUUACCGAGUGAACAUCUUUCUCCGUCAGAACUGGAAUGAUCCACGCCUCGCAUACAGUGAAUAUCCAGAUGACUCUUUAGAUUUAGAUCCAUCCAUGCUGGAUUCAAUUUGGAAACCUGAUUUGUUCUUUGCUAAUGAAAAAGGUGCCAACUUUCAUGAAGUUACAACAGAUAAUAAGUUGUUGCGGAUUUUCAAAAAUGGAAAUGUACUUUAUUCCAUCAGAUUGACUUUAAUACUUUCCUGUCCGAUGGAUCUCAAAAAUUUUCCAAUGGACGUGCAAACAUGUAUAAUGCAGCUGGAAAGCUUUGGAUACACAAUGAAUGAUCUCAUUUUUGAGUGGCAAGAAAAGGGAGCGGUUCAGGUAGCCGAAGGUCUUACUCUGCCACAGUUUCUGUUGAAAGAAGAAAAGGAUUUAUGUUACUGCACCAAGCAUUAUAAUACAGGAAAGUUUACGUGUAUUGAAGUCCGGUUUCACCUUGAGAGGCAGAUGGGUUACUAUCUCAUCCAGAUGUACAUCCCGAGCCUCUUGAUCGUGAUUCUCUCCUGGGUGUCCUUUUGGAUCAAUAUGGAUGCAGCUCCAGCCAGAGUGGCUUUAGGCAUAACAACUGUACUGACCAUGACAACACAAAGCUCAGGUUCACGAGCAUCUCUUCCAAAGGUGUCAUACGUCAAAGCCAUUGACAUCUGGAUGGCGGUGUGUCUGCUCUUUGUAUUUUCUGCACUUCUGGAGUACGCAGCUGUUAACUUUGUGUCGAGGCAGCAUAAAGAGCUUCUGCGGUUCCGGCGCAAGAGGAAGAAGAGCAAGGUAAAACUGCUCAACUAUUUUCAGGAUGAUGAUACACGUGAUAGUCAGUUUAGCAUUACAGCAUACGGAGUGGGCCCAUGUGUGCAAGCAAAAGACGGAAUAACACAAAAGGGGCCAAAUAAUCCUGUUCAAGCUGUACCAAAAAGCCCUGAUGAGAUGAGAAAGGUGUUCAUUGACCGGGCCAAGAAGAUAGACACAAUAUCCAGAGCUUGUUUCCCGUUAGCCUUUCUGAUUUUCAACAUUUUUUACUGGGUAAUCUACAAAAUCAUCAGGCAUGAGGACAUUCACCAAUAA